UAAAGUGUAUGUAGAAGAAAUAUAUAAUUAUACUAAAUCAUCUAUAUAUAUUAAGUAUGCAUGCAUAGUCAUUUAGCUAUCAUCACGAAGUGGUGCAGGUGCAUGUGCAAUAGCAGCUACCUAGGCCUCCCCAUCUCCAUGGCGUCAAAGAUCCUGCCAGCGGUUAGCGAGCUCUUUCCCGCGCUCGUCCGGGCCGGCGGCGGCACAACCACUGCUCGCCGGCCACCGCCACCACCAGCCGCACGCAGCAGCCCAUCGCCCACCACCGUCCACAGGCACGCCCCUCCUCCCGCGGCACGGCUCGCCGGCGGCUCGGGGACAACGACAACGACGCUGGUGGUCGACGUCGACGGCGCCCUGCUCCUGUCGCGCUCCCUCUUCCCCUACUUCAUGCUGGUCGCCCUCGAGGCCGGCAGCUUCCUCCGCGGCCUCGUCCUGCUGCUCCUCUACCCCGCCAUCCGCUGCCUCGGCGCCGGCGACCUGGCCGUGCGCGCCAUGGCCGCGGUCGCCUUCUGCGGCCUGCGCGCUCCAACGUUCCGCGCCGGCCGCGCCGUCCUCCCGCGGUGGCUCCUGGAGGACGUGGCGGCCGAGGCGCUCGACGCCGCGCGGCGUGGUGUCGUCGCCGACCCCGACACGGCAAGGGUGGUUUGGGCCAGCGCCAUGCCGCGCGUCAUGGUGGAACCCUUCCUCAGGGAGUACCUCCAGCUCCAGGUGCCGGCCGCCGCCGCCGUCGCCGCCAGGGAGAUGAAGACGGCCUGGGGUUUCUACACUGGCCUCAUGGAGGGAGACGAAGACUGCAAGGCCAUGGCGGCGGCGCUGAUGACGGCGUCGUCGGCACGGGACGGCGUCGGCGGCGACGUCGUCGUGGGGUUCUCCGGUGCAGGCUCCGUCGAGUUCCUCUCCAGCCCUCUCGCGUCCAUUUGCAAGGAGGUGUACGUGGUGAGCCCGGCGGAGCAGAGCAAGUGGCGGCGCCUGGCGCGGCGCGACUACCCGACGCCGCUCGUCUUCCACGACGGCCGCCUGGCGUUCCUGCCGACGCCGGUCAGCACGGUGGCCAUGUUCACGUGGCUGCCGCUGGGCGCGGCGCUCUCCGUCGUCCGCCUCGCCAUCUCGCUCGCGCUGCCGUACAGGGUCGCCACGGCGCUGCACGCCGCCACGGGCCAGUCGUGGCGCCUCCGCGGCGCUCCGCCGCCGCUGCGGAACGGCGGCGGUUCCUCCUCCGGUCAGCUGUACGCGUGCAACCACCGGACGCUGAUCGACCCGGUGUACGUGUCCAUGGCGCUGGACCGCCCCGUGCGGGCCGUGUCCUACAGCCUGAGCCGCGUGUCGGACCUGCUGUCGCCGAUCGGCGCCACCGUGCGCCUGGCGAGGGACCGCGCCCGCGACGGCGCCGCCAUGGGGAGCCUGCUGGACCGCGGCGACAGCGUGGUGGUGUGCCCCGAGGGCACCACCUGCAGGGAACCCUACCUGCUGCGCUUCAGCCCGCUGUUCGCCGAGCUCGGCGGGGACGCCGGCGUCGUGCCCGUGGCGCUGGCGGCCGAGACCGCCAUGUUCUACGGCACCACGGCCGGCGGGUGGAAGGCCGUCGACCCAUUCUACUACCUGGCCAACCCCAGGAUGUGCUACACGGUGCAGUUCCUCGACAGGGUGGACACGGCGGACGUGAUGACGACGACCGGCGGCGACGGGAAGGGGAGGAAUCAGGCCGCCAGCGCCGUCGACGUGGCCAACCGCGUGCAGCGGCUCAUCGCGGAGGCGCUCGGGUACGAGUGCACCAUGCUCACCAGGAAGGACAAGUACCUCAUGCUCGUCGGCAACGAUGGCGCCGUCGCCGCCGCGCCGCGCCGCCGCGUUGUCGCCAAUAAGAAGUAAGCGCGUGCCGAUCGACGACAUGCAUGCGUCUGUUCUCGUGCUCAUUAUUUGCCUCGUUGGCUGCACAUAUGACCAUAUCCGAUAUCGAUUGAAGCUGUUUGAUGCAUUCAUCUUUUUUGUCAUCCCACCUUUAAGGAAAAUGUACUAGUAGAAUGUAGAGGUUCAUGUGUAUAAGAAAAUGUACUGUACUUGUACUUAGACCGGUUGUUUGGAUGUUAUCGUAUUCAUCUCAAUCCACAUGUGUUGAAGUGGAUUGAGGUGGAAUUUAGUUCAAAUUACACUCCAACCCAUUCCAACAUAUGUGGAUUGAUGUGAAUCCGACUACAUCCAAACAAGCCCUUAAUAAGGAAAUAGUGUUAUACUGUAA